AUGCUUCUUUCAUCAUCUUUUGUAUUUCUGCAUCGGUAUUAUAAAUUUCGAAAAUUGCUGGAAUCAGAUCAGAAAGUCAAAGCUGCUGAACUGCUGGUAGAACUGAUUGUCUUCGAUUUAGUACCAAGGAAAUUUGAUGUUAUAUUGCUUUCCGAUUUGAUUUCUAUUCUCAGUGAUGAAGAUGAGGUUAUUAUAAGUAAAGAUAGUACUGAGCAGUUACUAGAACAUUUAGUACAGUAUGAAGCAGAUGGUCCGUUGCAACAUAAUUAUGACGCGUGGAAAAUGCGUUUACGUACAGUUCGCUUCCUAUUGUUACAAAAUUUGGCUCGCGUUAUUACUUCAUCCACUUUGUGA